AAAUUGCUCUCUAUUUACCUCAAGAGUGCGCUAUGUAGGGUGCAGAGCCAGUUAUUUGAUACACUAUAUAGGGCGCAUGUGUAGUGUCUAGAGAGUUAUUUGGAAUUCUGUUUUUUGUCUUGAGGCUCUGCGCUCCGAGCGCCCUGCUCCAUUUCUUCUGUCAUACACUCCAUUCAUUUCAGCGGGAUUAAUUGAAGCAAAGUCACUUGUUGUAUCGGGUUGUUUUAUCAGGAGAGAGCGGAGACUUUAGGGGAAAAAUAUUCGACAGUUUAAGAUGAAGCUGCAGUGGAGUUGGACGUGUCUCCUGCUCUUGUCCAUCGUCGUGGUAACACGGGCCCAGGAAGAUGAGCUUGAGGAUGAUGAAGAGGCACAAGUGGAGGAUGGAGAGCUGGACUCCGAGGCAGACAGCAGUGAAGUGCAAGCUGAUGCUAAAGUCUCUUUCCAGGUCACAUAUAAGACCCCUGUACCCACUGGUGAGGUUUUCUUCUCCGAGACAUUCGACGAUGGAGCUCUUGGCAGAUGGAUUAAGUCCAAAACAAUGAAAGAGGAUGCAGAUGAGGAUAUUGCGAAGUAUGAUGGCAAGUGGGAGGUGGAGGCUCUGAAGGAGAACAAAGUGCCUGGUGACCUGGGUUUGGUCCUAAAGUCCCGCGCCAAGCAUCACGCCAUCGCAGCUCCUCUCAACAAACCGUUCGUCUUCAAGAACAAACCGCUCGUGGUGCAGUAUGAAGUUAAUUUUCAAGACGGCAUUGACUGUGGUGGGGCCUACAUUAAAUUACUGUCUGACUCCCCCAACCUGGACUUGGAGCAGUUUCACGACCGCACACCGUACACAAUCAUGUUCGGGCCAGACAAGUGCGGAGAAGACUACAAACUGCACCUCAUCUUCAGGCAUAAAAACCCUCUGAAUGGAGAUUUUGAGGAGAAGCAUGCCAAGAGGGCUGACACAGACCUCAGAAAGGUGUACUCUGACAAGAAAACUCACCUCUACACACUGGUUCUGAACCCAGACAAUACGUACGAGAUAUUUAUUGACCAGUCCAGUGUUAGCAAAGGAAGCUUGCUGACUGACGUGGUUCCACCGGUAAACCCACCUAAAGAGAUCGAUGAUCCCAACGACUCUAAACCGAGUGACUGGGACGAGAGAGCUAAGAUUCCUGACCCAGAAGCUGUCAAGCCUGAUGACUGGGAUGAGGAUGCCCCUGCAACAGUGCCUGACCCUGAUGCAGUGAAACCUGAGGGCUGGCUGGAUGAUGAGCCUGAGUUUGUCCCAGACUCUACAGCUGAGAAACCUGAAGACUGGGAUGAGGAGAUGGAUGGUGAGUGGGAGGCUCCUCAGGUACCUAACCCUUCAUGUCAAACUGCUCCUGGCUGUGGUGAGUGGAAACCUCCCACAAUCAAUAACCCCAAGUACAAGGGUAAAUGGAAGGCUCCGCUCAUAGACAACCCCAACUACCAGGGCGUGUGGAGUGCACGUAAGAUCCCAAAUCCGGACUACUUUGAAGAUCUGGAGCCGUUUAAGAUGACCCCGUUUCGGGCUGUGGGACUGGAGCUGUGGUCCAUGACAUCUGACAUCUACUUUGAUAACUUCAUCAUCAGUGCUGAUAAAGAGGUGGUAGACCGUUGGGCCGCAGAUAGCUGGGGGCUCAAAAAACUGGUGGCUAGUGCGAAUGAGCCGGGGGUGUUCAGUCAGCUGACGUUGGCGGCAGAGGAGAGGCCGUGGCUGUGGAUAGUCUAUAUUCUGACUGUUGGACUGCCUAUUGGCCUGGCUGUUCUUUUCUGCUGGCCUAAGAAGUCUGAGGAUGAUUACGCCUAUAAGAAAAUCGAUCCACCCAAAAGGGAAGAGGUAGAAGAAGAAGAAGAAGAAGAAGGAGAGGAGGAGGAGGAGGAGGGAGAAGAGGAAGAGCAGGAGAAAGAAAAGCAAGAGGAUACAGUUGAAGCAGAGGAAGCGGCUGAACCAACUGCAGAAGAUGCAGGCAGAACUGAGGAAGAGGAAGGAGAAGAAGCUGAAGGAGAAGCUCCAGAGGAGGAGGAGGAGGUGGUGGACGUUGAGGAGGAGGAGGAGGUUGAGGAGGAAGAAGAGGAAACUAGUAAAUCAAACGACAUGCCUUCAGAUGAUGAGAUGAAGGACGCUGAUGAGGGGAUCGACGGCACUGGAGAGGGACAGAAACAGGCUGUGAGAAAAAGAAGAGUACGGAAGGACUGAAGCACCUGUUUCUUAUACUUUCUCCCUGUUCCCUUUUCUCUUUCUCCUUUCCUCGCCCGCUCUGCCUCUCUAAGUGCUGCAUGCCCCUGGCUUUAUGACGACCGCAGGCUCCCCCACCCCCUCCACUGGAGCUCCUCCUUCUCUUUCCCGUUAUCUUAGUCUUCCUCUCCACCAGUAGUUUAUAUAUGGGUUACUUUUUUCAGUUUAGCCGUACCAAUGAAAACUCUGCUGUAUUUCCUCAUGAGAGGAUUGAACAAGUAGCACUGAGACCAGAUUUUACAACUGACUGUGCACAUACUGACAUGAAGGAUAAGAAAAAGAAAAAAAAAAAAAAGAUGCGUAACAGAAGGAACUCCAGAAAGCCGACAUUACGACACGUUUGCGCCGAUUUCAAAAAGUGUUCUUUAACUUAUUUAAAAGGAGUUCUCGCCGAUUUUGUGUUUUUAAGUUAUUACGUUUUUAGCUUUAUUGUUUGAAAGAAAUCGCACUGAAUAUGAUAUUUAUUAUUUAUAUGUCGUCUAGAAAAAGAUGAGUUUGAUGCCGGAGAUGUUAAAAAAAAAAAAAUCUUGCUUUCUGCAGUCAUCACUCUUAGUUUAUAGUGAGGGAGAUUUUGACUUGUAGAAUCUGAAUCUGUUUUCACACAGCAUCUGACAAGGCUUUGUGGCUUGGCAAACUUAAAGACGCUAUAUUUUAAACAUGGCCAAUGUAGUAUGUAAUCAUUCUCUUCAAACGUUAAUUUAGAGGGCUUAUUAUUAUUAUUAUUAUUAUUAUUAUUAUUAUUAUUAUACACAAAUCCAAUGACGUUCAGAAGAAAAAGCAAGCAAAGCUAAUGUGAGCAACUAAAAUCUAAUUUCAAAUCCCAGUGUUAAUCACGUGGAUCAAAAGAAUCCAGUUGUAAUCAGCUUUACCGAUUAAGGCAAUAGUUUGGCCAAAAAUGAAACGUACACAAUUUUCCCUUUAGCCUAACAGCAGCAUUGCAGUUUUUAGACUUGGUGUGUGUGUGUGUGUGUGUGUAUAUAUAACAAUAUAUCAAAUCAACCACUAGCACACAAAUGACAUGUUUUCCUAUGGGAAGUGGCAGAAUGCAGCUACUGUUAAAACAUGCUUCGUUUUUGGAUUUUUUUUUCCAUAGCUGACCUUUUCAAAAUGAGCAAAACAAACAGGGAGGACAAGGUGCUGGAAAAUUAGCCUUGUUAGAUGAAUGGGCAAAAAUCCUGAAUGAUGAUGAUGAUGAAUCUAAUCUACAUAAGCAGCUAGGCUGGCUAGGGAGCCAAUACUAGCUAGAACUGGUAAGAGUGCUGUUUUGCCGUGUGUGCGCUUCACAAAGCGGCUUCUCUUUUCUGUUCAUAUUAGCACAAAAAGCAGUUUCUAUAUAAGGGAAAAAAAACACCAAGUGUGAAAGAACCCUUUAAGGUAACACAUCGCUGCUGAUGGGUCAUGUUUGGGAGAAGGGGAAUAUAGUGACAUUUCAUUUUUGUAACUAUUUAUUUGAGAGAAUUUGUGAUUAUAGCCAUCGGCACACGGAACGAUUCACUGUGAGCUCUCAUCUCCGACACGGGAUACUUUCAGCUUUUUACGGGAAUGUUACUAACGUCUCGUUUUUCUGGUUUCUGUCAUGCAAGAAAUGCUUUUAAGUUACAUUUGUUUGUGAUCUGAGCACUGCAGUUGAAAAUAAACAUUUAAUACAAAA